AUGCCUUUUGGUCUGAUCAAUGCUGGAGCGACCUUUCAGAGAGCUAUGGACUUGUCUUUUGGUCAUCUGAAGGAUAAAAUAAUAGUUGUAUAUCUUGAUGAUUUAACGGUAUUUUCAAAAGGGCGAAAAGAUCACUUAAGAGACUUAAAACAGGUACUACAAAGAUGUCGGGAGCACGGAGUGUCUUUAAACCCUAAGAAAUCAGUGUUUGGUGUCACCGAAGGUAAAUUACUAGGUCACAUUGUCUCAAAGGAAGGUGUCAAAGUAGAUCCUGAAAGGGUAAAGGUGAUUCAACAACUAAGCUUGCCAUCUAACAGGAAUGGAGUUAGAUCUUUCUUCGGGCAGGUAAACUUUUUAAGAAGGUUUAUUCCAUAUUUUGCAGAGACCACCCGAUAUAUUGUAAACUUAAUGAGUGAAAAAUUAGUGUUCAAAUGGAAUGAAGAGGGAAAGAAAGCCUUUGAAUCAAUUAAGGAAGCUAUAGCACAUGCUCCUACCCUUGUUAAUCCUGAUUUUAAGAAAGAUUUCAUUAUUUAUUGUUAUGCUUCCGAACAUACCAUGUCAGGAAUAUUGCUUCAAAAGAAUGAAGAAGUUGAAGAAGUCCCCAUAGCGUUUAUGAUAGUAUAUGUGCCUCACUCUGUUGUUAAAAGCAUUCUAAAACAGCAGGAUAUUGGAAUGAAUAAUAGAGCCACAUGGGUUUCUAAAAUUCAGGAAUUUGACUUAGAUAUAAAGCCCACCAAAUUGGUAAGAGGACAGGGUCUAUGUAAGUUACUUGCAGAAAAUGAACAUGAGAAUAAUAAGGAAUUGCCCUUAGUUCUGUUUGUUGGACUACAAGAUACUUGGUUUACAGAUGUUGCCUAUUAUCUGACCUAUGGAGAUUGUAUGUUCAAAGAUGCUUAUGCUUGGGUAGCCAAAUGUGAAAAAUGUAAAAUGUUCACCGGAAAGCCUCAACUUGCAGCAUUGCCUCUCAGACCUGUGAUUAUUGAUGAACCAUUUAAACAAUGGGGUUUAGAUUUCAUAGCACCAUUGUCACCUACAUCAAGCGCAGGACACACUCAUAUUCUGACUGCUACUGAUUACUUCACGAAAUGGGUCGAAGCUAUUCCGGUAAGAAAGACUACAUCAGAGGUUGUCUGUAAAUUUCUAAAGGAAAAUAUUUUGGUUCGUUUUGGUGUUCCCCACAAACUUGUGGCUGAUAAUGCAACUAAUUUCUCCUCCAUUGAAAUUUCUAUGUUUUUCUAUGAUUAUGGGAUUUCACUUGCUCAUUCCUCAGAUUAUUACCCACAGGGUAAGGGCCAAGCGGAAUCAAGUAAUAAAAACCUGAUAAACAUUAUGAAGAAAUUAGUUAGCGAAAACUUCAGAGAUUGGCAUAAAAAGUUAUAUGAAGCUCUCUGGGUAGAUCGUACCACUCCAAAGAGAGCAAUUGGCAUGUCACCUUUCGAGUUAGUCUAUGGUGUUGGAGCUCAGGUGUCACUUCCUCUGGAACUUGCGACUUCAAAGUUACAAACAGUAAUAGAGGAUGUGCAUUUUUAG